AUGGGGGUGGGCAACGGCAAGGGGCAGGGCAACGGGCAGGGGCAGGGGCAGGGCAAGGGAAAGGGGAAUGGCGGAGGUCAGGGGAAGGGGAAGGGCAAUGGCAAGGGGAAUGGCGGAGGUAAGGGGAAGGGGAACGGGAAGGGCAAAGGGAACGGGCAGGGGAACGGGCAGGGGAGCGGGCAGGGAAACAGUACAGACAGUGGUAGCCCUGCAGGCGUGGCGACAACUGCCAGCUCGCGUCGCGGGAAGAGCGCGGGAGGCGUGUUGGCGCAGCUGAAGGGCAGCAGUGUGGCGGCUGAUGCGCUGACAGCCCCUGGUGAUGCCAACGCCACCGGCGUCCUUGCAAUCACCCUCCUGCAGAACGGCACGGACUACGACGUGGCCUUCACGGCGCGCAUCUCCCUCUCCACUGACGCCGCGCCCACGGCGCUCACUCUUAACAGCGGCAGCGCCGCCACCACCGGCGCGACUCUGCUGGAUUUCUUCACGGCCACGGGCGCUGACGGCGUGUCCCCCCCUGCAUGGACCAGCGUGGCCGCGCCCUCCCCUGGCAGCGGCCCCAUGGGGCGCGCGUGGGGCCGCCUGCAGCGCGCAGCGGGGCGCUCUGCGCGCGUGGCAGGGCUGCACACCUUCACUCUCACGGGUGUGUGGCGCGCUGCUGCCACCGUGGCUGCUGCUGACGGCGUGCAGACGGUGAAGGACGUGGCACUGGCGGUUGUGGCACAGCCCCCCGCCUUCUAUGCUCUGCUCGCUUCUCCGGGCUUCGAGGCUGGUGCUGCUAGGGGUCAGUUCCAGAAGGCACCCGAAGGAUGGGCGUUCGGGCUCAGGAACUGA